AGCGUGCUUAGGGAAGUCGCUCGACUCUUGGAUCCUACUGGUUUGCUAUCCCCCGUAGUAAUAACGGGGAAGGUUUUCAUUCAGAAGAUGUGGUCUGUGGGGUUGUCUUGGGACACUCCAUUACCCGACGACCUUCGUGAGGAAUGGCUGAGGUAUCGUUCCAAGCUUAAGGCUCUGAAUCAAGUUCGAAUCGAGCGGUGGUUGGGUAUGGUGCGACAUGGCCGGACCACGUUACAUGGGUUCUGCGAUGCCAGCUCAUAUGCAUACGCGGCCGUGAUCUACAUAAGGACAAUAGACGAUUCCCACGCAACGCCGCUCUCGCUCCUUACUGCACGCACGAAAGUGGCUCCACUCAAAGGCUCAACCAUACCACGACUUGAACUCUCGGCAGCAGUGUUGUUAGCGGAAACCCUCCGGCAUGUGCAAUCGGCCCUGAGCAUGUCCGAAGCUCCAUACAUUCUGUGGUCGGACUCUGCAAUUGUAUUAUGCUGGCUUAAGAAGCAACCAUCAACCUUGAAACCAUUUAUAUCAAACCGUGUUCGCAGGAUUCAAGAGUUGACAUCUCCAGAUCGAUGGCGUCACAUUCGUUCGGCGCAGAAUCCCGCUGAUUGUGCUAGCAGGGGCAUAACACCGCAAGAGCUGCUACAUCACCCACUUUGGUGGCACGGACCCGGUGAGCUAGAUAGCUCCGCGCUAUAUAGUACGGACAUACCCCUCAGCCCGGACGAGUCAAAGGUACUUCACGCUGAGGAGCGAACAGUAUCGUGCCUGGUCGGAGUGCAUCUGGUCCGACCAUUGGAAACGCGCAGGCCAGAUGGCCAUGUCAUCUCGUUGACUGAACGCUUCAGUUCCAUGCAGCCGUUACUAAGGACGGUGGCCGUCCUGCUACGAUGGUUACCGAGACGUCGACACUUUCGUCAACCUGUUGUAAGUGCACGGAAGUUAGAUGCUGCACUAGACAUUUUGAUCCGGUUGGAGCAAGCAAGUAAUUUCGCGUCCGAAAUUAAGCAGCUGAAGGCCAGCUCAGGUUUGUCAUCUUCAAGUAAGAUUCUCUCAUUAAAUCCCUUCUUAGAUGAGCACCUGCUCCUACAUGUUGGAGGUCGUCUCCACAAGGCGGAAGUUGAGCACGAUCAGCGAUUCCCGAUGAUCUUGCCGAGAUGCAGUCCUCUCGUGCACCUCUCAAUCCGACAAGCUCAUGAAACAACGCUACAUGGAGGAGCACAGCAGACGCUGCAUACACUUCGUCGCCGUUUUUUAAACGCAAGACAAGCUGUCAAGUCUUUUAUACACCACUGCGUCGUAUUUCGACGUCACCGAGGGGUGCUCCUCAAGCAGCAAAUGGCUUCGUUACCCGGGCAGCGAGUUAAACCUGCAAGACCAUUUGUAUCCGCUGGGGUGGAUUAUUGUGACCCUUUCACUCCACGUGUUGGCACAAAACGCUCUCGCACUCUCGUGAAGACAUACUUGGCUAUUUUUGUAUGCAUUGCGACUAGAGCCGUUCACAUCGAGGUGGUGGAUGAUCUGUCUGCGCAAGCCUUCCUCGACGCUUUUACACGCUUUACCAGUCGGCGGGGUCCUUGCCGCGACUUAUACAGCGAUAACGGCACGGCAUUUGUGGGUGCGAAUCGACUGCUCCAGGAAGACGUGGCGGCAUGGAACAAUGAGAACAAUCAACGGUCGUUAGCGAGCAUGGGCACCCAGUGGCAUUUCAUCACUCCUAGUGCACCACACCAGGGUGGUCUCUGGGAGGCUGCGGUUAAGUCUGCCAAGCAUCAUCUGGUCCGCUGUGUGGGUUCUCAGACAAUGUGGUACACCCAAUUGCAGACCCUGGCCGCGCGUAUAGAAGCGUGUCUCAAUUCUCGUCCGAUCACUCCACUGUACGAUGACCCAGACGAGAAGUUUGCAUUGACACCAGGGGACUUUCUCAUCGGAGCACCGCUUUUAGCUGUGCCGGAGCCAGACAUACGCGAGAUUCCCACCAAUCGCUUGAAGCAGUGGCAGUGG